UUGCAUAUCAUAUAGGCGAGCUUGAAACAUUGCAUCCUAAACCGACAUGACAUCCAGUCGAUACAAUAUGGAUAAGAUAGUGAGCACGGCGGGUGAGGAUUCUGACGAAGAUGAGGAGAUUUUCUCGGUGAGCGGGCGGCAGAGAGGACCGAUAGUUCGCGGUGCCCAGUCGUCCGGCUUUGGGGCGUUGGACGACGAUGGCAUCGAGUUGCAAUUGGACAGUGGGCAAGAGGACGACUUUCGACAGCAGGUGUCUUCAAGAGAUAAACAACUUAACAGAGAGGAGCCAGUUUCUAUGCCGUCAUAUCAGACUGGUACCGCCGGCACAAACUCCUCAUCCCGAGGAGACUCACAGCAGAGAGCCGAUGAGAUUGAAGAAAUGGUGGAUAAACUUUUAACUAUUAUUGGCUUUGGAAAGUUCCACGUGCUACUGUUGUUCAUGUGCGGUUGUGGGUUGUUCUUUGCCAGUGCACAGCUAGAAUUUGUAGGCAUUCUUCUACCCGAUAUCGCUCGUGACCUGUGCCUCAGUGACUCUUCAACCGGAUGGUUACGAGGCUCCGUCUUCGUAGGAGUCGUCUUUGCCAGUGUCUUGUGGGGCUGUGCAGCCGACUUGGGUUCUAGGCGUACUUCUCUCGCAGUGUGCUUGGGGAUUACCUGCCUGUCCACGGUCAUGGCAGCGUCCUUGGCUCAGAGCCGCACGGCGCUCCUCGCGUUUCUUAUCAUUACUAGUUUAGGUACUGGUGGGCUCAUUUCCACCCCUUUCUCCUACGCGAUGGAGUUCCUGCCGAGACGAAUGGCCCAGAAGACAACAUGUGCCCUGCUCAUUUUCACGGUCUUAGGAGCCAUGUUCGUACCUCUUGUGACGCCUGCCUUCACCUCCAGCGUCGCCGAACGCGUCUCCUCCGGAGAUUUCUCUCCAAGUUCCUUCGCCAACUGGCGCAUCUUCUGCCUAGUGCUCUCCGUCCUGCUAGUGGCGUCGGCAAUGCUACUCGCCGCGGCCAUCCUCCCAAGAAGCCCAUAUCUCUUGCUUGAGAAAAGGCUGUGGGCCAAAGCGAUCCAAGCGUUGGGGAAGGUUUACACGUUCAACCACGGUGAAGCAGGACUUGAAAUGUUCAAAGACAGAGCUAGUGGAUUAUAUCGUCUAAAGCGGCACAGCAGAGACCGGCAGGAACACGCUCCGAGCACCACUCUCCAGAGCUGCAUGAGACCACUCUAUCAGUGUGCCAAGAACGUAACGGCCAUCUUGGAUAAGACAACCUUCGUCAUGACGACCGGCGCCUUUUGCUUUGCAUUCGGGAAUUGUGCUUGGACCCUUUGGAUGUCUGAUUUCAUCAUCGCGGAUGGGCUUAGUUAUAACGCAAGCAUCAUCAGAAAUGCUACUUUCAGUCACGAGACAUUCACAGAAUCCCUGGAGAGGCAGACUUUCAUCAACACAACAUUUGACAGCGUCUCUUUCCGAGACAUCUACCUCCGAGACCUGUCGUACACCGGCUGCACCUUCACCGCCUGUGUCUUUGAGGGAGUCGUCAGCGAGGCCACGCUUUUCACCCACUGUCGCUUCCUGGACACGCGGUUCGGCAAAACGGACUUCCAGCCCCGCCAGUUCGUGGGCGGGACGGAGCCGGUGAACUCCAGCCUGGCACCGCCGCCGGGGGCCGGGGUAGCCGGCGGGGUGCGGAACCGGGGCUGCUCAGUGGACGUGCCCUUCGCCCCUGCCCUUGCGUACUGGCGGAUAUUGUUCGGGCAGUGUGGAGGCUUACUUGGUCUCCUUCUGUCGGUUUUCAUUACCAGGGUAAUUGAACAAUGGCGGCUAUUCAUGUGUGGCGCUCUCGUCACCGCAGUGACUAUUCUUUUCGGAUUCUUUCCGUUGACCGGCUGGACUGCGGCUGCGCAUCUCUUCGCUCUCCAGUUUGGCGGGUUCACGGCCUGGAGCGCCCUCACCGUCCAGGCCACGAUGUCAUUCCCAACCCAUAAAAGGGCCACGGGGCUUGGUCUGCUCGUCUCAGUGGUUACAACGGGUGGUCUGCUUGGGUUUCUGACGGUGGUGGCGCUACCAAGGAUUGCUGACGUCAUCUUGACGGCGCUGGCUGUUCUCGCCAGUGCAAUGUGCUCCUACUUCUUCCAGCGUCAUCCCCAGAACUGGAGAGAGAAUUCCUAGAAGAAGGUUUAAAACAACAUGUGGUGGAAUUGGGAACAAGAAUGAAUGAUCACUUUCCUAACAAAGGGACGGCAGUUGAUGUUAUAGCAACACUUGUUUGACAAAUGGGGAGUGAGAACUUUGAUUUUGUUUCAAAUAAGAAAACCGCGCUGAUUCAUAAGCGUGGGCCAAUACAAAAGCGUUUAUUAUUUUUCUUAAUAGGCUUAACCAUGUAAUUUAUCAACAAAUGAGAAUAAAUAGUACAACAUAAAGUUUAUCAUGUCAAUAAACCUCUAGAUUGGACAGGAUUGGUUUUAGAAACCAUGGUUACAAGAGGUCCCCGUGGCAACCAGGAAUCCCGCUGGCUUCAGCUGGGAAGAUGCCCUUCAGAUUACACAGGGGUCAAAGGUCUCCGUAUAUAGCCAGCAUUCGUAUCAGCUGUUUAUCGUUUCAUUACCUGACAUUACGCAGUCGCUCCUUCCGGAACAACAAGACGUGGGCAAAUGUUGUAGCACACAACCUCAAACUGAACCUAUUCCGAGGAAAUACCGAUCUGUCACCUGAAAAAAGGCAUUACAGCAACGCAUGAUUGGAAAGGCGUGAUACAACUUAACUUACAUUGUCAGGAUCGUUAAGCUGAUGGGGGAGCAAGUCAAGGUAAUCGUUAGUGUAAGAUGGAUCCAAUGAUGAUGACAUUGACAGGUGACCAUAGACCGUGUCACAUGCGAAUGUACAGGGGCUUGUGUUAUGUUUAACAACUCCACAGUGAUUCAUGACACUUUUUCUUAGCACUUCGAUGACGAGCUAUUCUCAUUGCAGAAAUAGGUCUGCGGCCGCAGUGUUUAAUUCAGCAUUUUUCGCAUUUUGGAUGUCAAAAUGACGAACUUGGAUAUUUGUGGGGGGGGGCAAUGUUGAA